AACAAGAACUGCAAAUCUAUUGAGAAAAAACCGAUCCAAUUGGUGCAGUCUAGCGGUGCGCGGAUUGUCAUUAUGUUGCAACGGUUACUUGCCAAGAGAUUUAGUUUUUAAAGGGAGCACCAGCAAUGACGGGGUAACAAGACACAGUUUUAGCUAAGUGGCGAGCGUGUGUAACAGCUGAAAGAUGUCCAACAUCUUGCAUGCAGCCGCUAAAGUAAAAUGGGACCAGACCACCGCAUUAAAACGAGCAGCAUUUAUUGCAGUGGCCGUCUACGGAGCGAAAUCUCUCUACCCCGUCAUCUGCAAGCAGAUUAACAAAAGACAUGAGCCAAGGGAAAAAAGGGAGAACCAAAGAGGCUCCGUGGAAGAAGGCAACGGGGUGCUGUCGCACAGUACAGAAAUGGUUCCUAAUAGGUCCCCCGGAGUAAACGCCGAAUUCUUCAAUCAGAUCCUGGAGCUCAUGCGUAUACUCUUUCCGAAGAUGCUGACUAAAGAGCUUGGGCUGCUUUGCUUGCACUCGUUUGCGUUAGUCUCCAGGACGUUUCUGUCAAUCUAUGUGGCCGGCCUGGAUGGCAAAAUUGUGAAGACGAUUGUCGAAAAAAAGCCGAGAAGCUUCGUCAUCAAGUUGAUGAAAUGGCUCCUGAUUGCCAUCCCGGCCACUUUUGUCAACAGCGCAAUCCGCUAUUUGGAGUGCAAGCUGGCUCUGGCCUUUCGCACCCGUCUGGUGAAUCACGCAUAUAAAACGUACUUCACAAAUCAGACAUACUAUAAGGUCAGCAAUAUGGAUGGAAGGCUGGCGAAUCCUGACCAGUCUCUCACGGAGGACAUCAUGAUGUUCUCACAGUCGGUGGCGCAUCUGUACUCGAACUUGACUAAACCAAUUCUGGACGUAAUGCUCACUUCCUACACACUCAUUCAGACAGCGAGAUCACGCGGGGCCAACGCUUCCGGACCCACUUUGUUGGCAGGGCUAGUGGUGUAUGCAACAGCAAAAGUUCUGAGAGCCUGUUCGCCUAGGUUUGGCAAAUUGGUGGCUGAGGAGGCACACAGGAAGGGAUACUUGCGAUACGUGCACUCCCGCAUUAUUGCCAAUGCUGAAGAGAUUGCUUUUUACAGAGGGCACAAGGUGGAGAUGAAACAGCUGCAGAAGUGUUACAAGGCCCUUGCUGAUCAGAUGAAUCUUAUUUUGUCAAAAAGGCUUUGGUACAUUAUGAUAGAACAGUUCCUGAUGAAGUAUGUGUGGAGUGGUUGUGGCUUAGUCAUGGUGGCAGUGCCUAUUAUCACAGCAACAGGUUUUGCUGACAAUGAAUUGGAAGAUGGUCAGACCCAGGUUAUGGUCAGUGAAAGAACAGAAGCUUUUACUACAGCACGUAACCUUUUGGCUUCAGGAGCAGAUGCUAUAGAAAGGAUAAUGUCUUCUUAUAAAGAGGUAACUGAACUGGCAGGGUAUACAGCACGGGUACACAACAUGUUUGUGGUAUUUGAUGAAGUUCAAAAUGGACUUUACAAGCGUUCUGCUGUCACCCAGGUAGCUGCCUCUGAUAACAAAAACAUUACUAGACCUGAAAUGCACAUUGAUGGCCCUCUUGAGAUCAAAGGAAAUGUUAUUGAUGUGGAUAACGGAAUAAUAUGUGAAAAUGUGCCUGUCAUCACUCCAAAUGGAGAUAUGGUAGUAUCCAGUUUGAAUUUUAAGGUGGAAGAAAAAAUGCAUCUCUUAAUAACUGGUCCAAAUGGCUGUGGAAAAAGCUCGUUAUUUCGAAUACUUAGUGGACUUUGGCCUGUCUAUGGUGGAGUGUUAUAUAAACCACCUCCUCAGCAUAUGUUCUAUAUCCCUCAAAGGCCCUAUAUGUCAAUUGGAACACUGCGAGAUCAAGUUAUAUACCCUGACACUGUAGAAGACAUGCACGAAAAAGGUUAUAGUGACCAGGAUCUGGAAAUUAUUUUGGACAUAGUAAAUUUGAACCAAAUUGUUCAGAGAGAGGGAGGGUGGGAUGCUGUUAUGGACUGGAAGGAUGUCCUGUCCGGCGGAGAGAAACAGAGAAUGGGCAUGGCAAGGAUGUUUUAUCACAAGCCAAAGUAUGCUUUGUUAGAUGAGUGCACAAGUGCUGUCAGCAUUGACGUAGAAGGAAAAAUUUUUCAAGCUGCAAAAGAUGCAGGGAUUUCUCUGCUUUCUAUCACACAUAGACCAUCCCUAUGGAAGUAUCAUACACACCUUCUACAGUUUGAUGGUGAAGGGGGUUGGCGUUUUGAGCAGCUGGACACAGCGACUCGCCUUUCUCUUACAGAGGAGAAACAAAGACUAGAAUCCCAGCUUGCUGGGAUUCCCAAAAUGCAGCACAGACUGAAUGAGCUGUGCAAAAUCCUGGGAGAGGACUCUGUGCUAAAGACUUCUGACAAUGAGGAUUAACUCAAGUCCCUUCAUUAGCAAAAGGGACAAAGACUCAAAUCUAAAGGAGUGUUAACAUGAUGUCAUUUAGAUCAAAGUGAUUUUAUUCUGCUUGAUUUGUAUGUUUUCCAGUCUUUUGUUGUAUACUGUAUGUCUCUCAUUUACAUUGACAAAAGGCUUUUAUUUUGAGUAUAUUUACGAUAUUUACAUCCAUUAUGGAGCUGUUAAGCACUUUACCCUAUUUUAUAAGAAUAUUUGGUUACAGAAAUAUUUUAGCACCUUAAGCUUGUUCUUUCCAUCAACUGGCAGAAGUGCAAAAAAACAUCAAAGAAACCAUAAUGUGGUUGAAAGGUGGAAUUUAGUAAGUGUUAUUGUGCCAUUGCACUGAUUUUAAGAAAACAUUGCUCUGUUUUUUUCUGUUAACUUUGUUGUAAACUUUACAUUUGAGACAAUAUUACUUUGGGCAAGAUAACAAGCAACAUAAUAGCGACCCCAUUACCUAGGGCUGCAUCACAUAAUUAGCUUAGUAUUUAUUUUAUUCUUUUUUUAAUGUGAAUAUAGUAUAUAAGCAUGCCCUCACUCUCAUUUAACUGUGAAAUGUUAAAUUUCUUUGUAUAAUAAAUAUACUGUAAGUAGAUGGUCAUAUAGGAAACAUUUUAGGGAGUAAUGUCAGUGAAGAUAUUGAACAUGAGCAUAUCUACAUUGAAAAAUAAAGAUUUGUCAUAGCAGAGACGUUUUAAAAAAGAGGAACUGUUUAGAUGAAUGCAGAAACAGAGUAGGCAGCUUCAUACUGGCAGUGGUAAAGCUGAUGCUGAUGUAGGUAGUUUCAUACAAUCUCACUAUUCAGAGGUGCAGGAAUAGCACCUUUUUAAUUGGCUUAAGUCAAAAGUUUUUGAUGGCACAUUUUCCACUAGUGUUUUGUUUACAUUACUUUUUUUUAAGGUUUUAGAAUUAUAGUUUCAUGGCUUGGUUCAUAGUGCUUUAUAUGUAACCUCUUCCGGCAUGGUCAAAGUUGACAGUAUGGUGAGGUGGUCUUUAGUCUGUAUCGUUAAGCAAGUGACAAACGUGCAUUCAAAGGACUGAUGAGCUGUGAAAUGUUUUUAAAACCUCACAUUAGUUGUUUUGAAUUUGUUUUGUUUUGUGCAAUACUUGAUUUUUUUGUCUAAAAUAGCGUAUUGGACCACAGAUGAAGUAUAGGUACUUGGUAACAGUGUUUCAUGUGAAUUUAAAAUUUGGAUAUGCAAUGAAUCAAUGAAUAUGGAUGAUAAUUUAAUACACUGGAAAAUAGGGGCUUCCCAUAUAACUUAGACAAAAAACUUGAAUUUAAGAAAAGCAACAAAAGGAGUAUUUAGCACGCAGUUAGUUUCUUCCAUACUUUCCAUAGGGGUUUGUGUGCACACAUCAGUUGAAUACAUUUGAUGUACUGAAUGUACAAGUAAUCCUUUACUUGUAAUGGAAAAACACAUGGAACCAGGACAUACACCUUGUUCAGUUUCUGUUUCCUGGUGUUGGGGGAAGAGCAACAUAAUCAAACGGGUAAAUUAUAAUAAAAUUUCAGUUUUUAAAAUGUUAGUUUUUUUACAGUAUUGCUUAGUUACCCUGAAGCAUGCUGCUUUACUGUAAGCGCUGGCUCACACUUUUUAAAUGUCAUUUGCAUUUCACCUUGAAGAAUUAUGAACAAAGAACUAAAUAUUAAUCUAGUAUGUAAAAGCACAUAUAUAGGUAGUUUACUUUUUUAUGCACGCCUACUUUAUUUCUGUCAUUUUUUUUUUUUUUUUCAAAAAAAAGUUUUGAAUGUUUUAACAAUUUGACAAAGUUUAUACUAAAAUCACUGAAUAACAUACAUUGUCAACAAGGAGUACAAUAGGAGUAGUCUAGUGCAGUGUUUCUAAAACUCAGUCCUGGGGACCCCCUGUGGCUGCAGGUUUUUGUUCCAACCAGAUUCCCAAUCGGUGACAACACCUGAUA